AUGGCUUCCACAAUCUCUCGCAGACUUGCAUCCAAGAUCCUGAACCCUUCUUCCUCCCGUGCUCUCUUUUCAUUAUACCCCACCUCCUACCGUCUUAUCCCUGAUGAUUCCCAUCGAUCCUUCUCAACCUUUACCCCCAAUUUCACUACUUUCAAUCUCCCAUCAUCGUUUCGCACAAAACCAGUUGGCACUAGUCACAGUUUAAUUAGAUCAAAUACCAGUUUCAACGCUAGUUUCAAAAUCCAAUCGCUAAACCCUAAUCUUUAUCAAAACCCCAAGUUUUUGUCAACCUCCACUCAGCAAUCUGAUCCUGAAGAAACCCAAAAACCUAACGAGAAUCCAAGCCAAACCCUUGACGGAUUCAAGCACCAAGAGAUCACUGGACCUACUGUGGAACGCGAUGUUUCUGCACUUGCUAAUGAGACACGCCAAGUGCUCGAUCAAAUGACAAAGACAAUUUACACCCUUAGCAAAAGUUUAGCUCUUUUGGGUCUGUUUCAGUUGGGUCUAGGCGCUUGGAUUUCGUAUGUUACCAAGUCGACUCCUAUCCCAGAAGUAUCUGUGCAGAGCUGCUUGGCAUUUGGGUUGCCAUUUUCGUUGUCAUUCAUGCUUCGGAGGUCAUUGAAGCCAAUGAGUUUCUUCAGGAAAAUGGAGGAGCAAGGUAGGUUGCAGAUUCUGACUCUUACACUUCAAGUUGCUAAGAAUCUGAAUGUGUUUUUUGUGAGGUUGAAUGUGGUUUCCUACUUGUGUAUUGGCGUUGCUUCUCUUGGACUGCUUGUUAUUGCACUAUAUUGA